AUGAGCCGCUUCGAGGAGGAGGAGGAGGGCAGCUGGAGCCUGUCGUUCGCGGGCGCCGGUUUCUUGGGGCUGUACUACGUGGGCGUGAGCCAGUGCCUGCGAGAGCGCGCCCCGCGCCUGCUGCGCGGCGCCCGCCGCUUCUACGGGGCCUCGUCCGGGGCGCUCCACGCCAUCGGCCUCGUCCUCGACAAGCCCGUGGACUUCUGCUGCCACCACGUCUUGAGCCCGCUGCUGCAGUUGGAGCAGCAGCGCCUGGGCGUCUUUCACCCCUCCUUCGACCCCCUGGAGCACAUCCGCCAGCACCUGCAGGAACUUCUGCCCGAGGACGCGUACGUCCUGGCCUCCCAGCGGCUGGGCAUCUCGCUGACCCGCUUGCCCGAUGGCCAGAACGUCAUCGUCACUGACUUUGCCACCCAGGAGGAGCUCAUCCAGGCCUUGACCUGUACCUUGUUCUUUCCUUUCUAUUGCGGGACGAUUCCCCCUGAGUUCCGCGGGGAGCGCUACAUCGACGGGGCACUGAGCAACAACCUGCCCUUCUCGGACCACCCCUCCACCAUCACUGUGAUGCCCGUCAACGGCACAGCGGACAUCUGCCCCCAGAGCACCUCGGCCAGCAUGCACGAGCUGUACGCCUUCAACACCUGCUUCCAGAUCUCCACCCAGAACUUUUCCCUGGGGAUCUCCACCCUCAUACCUGACAGCCCGGAGGAAAUGGCCGACUUCUGCAGACAAGGUUACCUGGACGCCCUGCGAUUCCUGGAGAGACGUGGACUCACCCAGGAGCCGGUGCUGAGGACGCUGGUGUCUAAGCAGCCCCCCGCCCCAGCCCAGGGGACCCGGGAUGCUGGCGAUGAUGGAGGCCAGCAGGCGGCGCUGUCGCUCGACUGGACCGUGCCCAGUGUGCUGAUCCAGGAUGUGCCUGACUUUGAGCGGCUUUCACCAGAGCUGGAGGCUGCUCUGCGGAAAUCAUGCACGAGGGACUCCAGGCCCUGGGCCCGCUUCUGCCGCUCGGGCCCGGGCCGCAUGCUGACCUACCUGCUGCUGCCCUGCACGCUGCCUGUCCAGUAUGUCUACUUCCGGGGCCGAAGGCUGGUGAUGUGGCUGCCCGAUGCGCCAGCUGACCUGUGGUGGAUGCAGAACUGCCUGAGGCGCUUGACCCUCAAGGUCUACUCCAGGACGAAGGGCCAGCUCGCUGGUUACCAGUACCCGCCAGCCCGGGGCAGCUCGUGUGGACCUGGCCAGUCCUUGAGUAUCCUCUUCUGCAGCUGA